AUGCUGAAUGUGGAUUUACUCGUUUUAAGUUUCUGCCUUGGUCUGGGAACUCGGCACAGCGCUGUUGGAAAGAGACAAUAUCAGAUCCAAAACGGCCCGUGCAGCUACACGUUUCUGCUGCCAGAGCAAGAGAACUGCCAAAGUCAGAACAGCUACUACGAUCCAGAUCAAAGGGACGGACCUGCAGACAACGAGUCACUUCAGAGGCUGGAGCAACUUGAGAUGAACAUGGAGAACAACACGCAGUGGCUGCUCAAGCUGGAGAGCUACAUCCAGGACAGCAUGAUGCAGGAGAUUGUCCAGUUCCAACAGGCUGCUGUUCAAAACCACACAGCUACAAUGAUUGAGAUUGGAACAAACCUGCUGAGUCAAACUGCUGAGCAAACGAGGAAGCUCACUAAUGUGGAGGCACAGGUAAUCCACCACUCAACGCGACUUGAGCGUCAACUUCUAGAAAACUCCUUGUCAACCAACAAGUUGGAGAAACAAUUUAUUGUCCAAACAAAUGAAAUCAACAAAUUGAAUGAUAAAAACAGUCUUUUGGAGAAAAAAGUGCAGCAGAUGGAGGAGCAGAGGCAGGUGGAGCUGAAAGCACUUGAAAAAGAAAAGGAGCAGCUCCAGACUUUAAUAGUGAGGCAGACAGCCAUCAUAGGGGAACUGGAGCAACAACUGCUGAAAGUCUCCUCCAACAACUCAGUUUUACACCUUCAACAGCAGGAGCUGCUGGACACAGUGAACAACCUCAUAUACACGUUGUCCGCUGGCUCUGCUCAAGAGACCAAACCUACAAUGAUGCAGGACACUCCAACUGCAUUUAUUGACUGUGCUGCCAUCUACAAGUCAGGAAACACCCAGACUGGUGUCUACAUUCUCACAAUGCCAAACUCUACCAUGGAAGUUAAGGCUUUCUGUGACAUGGAGACAGAAGGAGGCGGCUGGACCGUACUACAAAAACGCUUUGAGGGCCGUGUUGACUUUCACCGUACGUGGCAGGAGUACAAAAAGGGUUUUGGAGAACCUUCAGGUGAAUUCUGGCUGGGAAAUGAGUUUGUCUCCACACUGACUAAUCAAAAGACGUACAAACUAAGGAUCCAGCUGAGCGACUGGGAAGGAAACUCUGCCUUCUCACAAUAUGACCAGUUCUCUCUCGAUAACGAAGCACAAAAUUACAAGAUACACCUUAAAGGCUACAGUGGAACGGCAGGCAAAAUAAGCAGCAUUGGGCAGCCAGGAAGUGGUUUCAGUACAAAGGAUGCAGACAAUGACAAAUGUGUUUGCAAAUGCUCACAGCUGACAACAGGAGGCUGGUGGUUCGAUGCUUGCGGUCCAUCCAAUCUGAAUGGGAUUUACUAUCAAAACGGCCAGAACUCCAAUCGCUUCAAUGGAAUCAAAUGGUACUACUGGAAAGGCUCGGGCUACUCGCUGAAGUCGACUACAAUGAUGAUCAGACCGACAGACUUCUCAGCCUCACUUUGACACGACUCUUCGACUGAACAGAACGGGAAAGAAAGUUUUGUUCAACAAGCACCACUACCAAAAAGAAAACUUCUCGAGGGAGCCAAAGCAGAUCAUAAAAAUGUUUUUA